CUAGUACCAAAUAGUACCUAUUUCCUUUUAGUAUUUGCUGGGGGUUCAUGAGGCUGGCACGUAACGAUGACUGGUGUGGAUGAAAUAUUGAAUUAUCGUAGAAACCCUGAUGACGAUUUCUACGCAUUACUAGGAUGUGAUGAAAAUUCAACUAUCGAGCAAAUAACAGCUGAAUAUAAAAUCCUCGCUUUACAGCAUCAUCCCGAUAAAAAUGAUGGCGAUAAAGAGGCAGAAGCCAAGUUUCAACAACUAAAGGAAGCAAAAGAGACCCUGUGCGAUCCUUCUAAGCGUGCUCUUUAUGAUAAAUGGAGGCAGAGUGGCAUUGCUAUGGGCUAUAAACAAUGGCUCGGCAUGAAGGAGCAUGUGCAACAAUCCAUGCAUUGGUCCAAACCAAACACAAAGGACCGCAUGUUGGAGGGGGAGUCUGGCCGUUCAUCUGGACCGUCCAGCCUGGGUCCAGCUAACUCAGCAGCUCGUCGCGCCUCUGAAGGUGGCGCCGCACUCUGGGGCCGCUGGGGCGGUGGAAACCAGGAGCCUCCAUCUGAGGUCAUCUCUAAAUUUCGCAACUAUGAAAUUUAAUCAUGUUACUUUUUAUCUUUGGUUGUUAAAUGCUCCUCUUAUU